ACACCACUUAUAAUUUCUAAAAUCGAAAAAAAAUUCCUAAAACCUAAAAAAUGGAUUAUUAGCGAAAAAAAGAAGAGUUAUCCGAAAGGCAAAGGAGGGUUUUGGAAAAAUUCAAGUGGAUUCUCAAAAGGACCCAUGAUUAGUUUGGCAAAAUUCCACUAA